AUGCAGGAGAACAAGGCGAUGGACAACAAAGACAUGAACAAGGACGAUCAAAAUCCAUUAGUUUAUGGAAUCGUGAAGGAAAUAUAUCAACAUCACGUGUCGGAGGAAACCGAGCCCUCAAAUAAACAAGUUCACUGCUUGUUAAUACCAAACGUUGAAGAGCUUUCAGAGUCCAAUAAGGCUGUUACAGUAUCGUCAGAGUCACUCAACCCACAUCCUUUCACACAAAUGAAGAAAAAAGACAAACUUGAAACCACUUCAUCUGCUUCAGUCACCACUACCGUGCCUUCUAAAGACUUGGCAGCUAAAGUGGCUGAGAGAAAGACCAUCCUUUUGCAGUAUCAGGAAAAGCAUCCCCCUCCUAGGUAUGAAAGGAAUAUGAUCCCGUUCUUGUCGCAGAAUCUAAGAAGCCCAUUUGAACCUGGCACCCAAGUAAAGGGGGUUUUGACAGAUAUGGGAAGGGAUUCUGUUUAUCCAAUUGGCUCAACGACGAGCGCCAGUCAAUUCUUCGACGUACUUCUAAAGCCGUGGGCAUGGUUGCUAGACGAUCACAUGGACGCAGCUUUAAGUUUGUAUAGAUUAAGAUUCCAAAAACACCCAAGUAUGUUCCAAUCUUCAAGGAUUGCUAUUAUGGACAUAGCUUUCCAGAUGCUGUGGACACAUCAGUACAAAAACUGGCAAGAAAAUUCAGUCCUUCCUGGUGGUACCUAUUUCUACUACUACGGCAUUGCUCCAUGA